GAGUAGCGUGAUGCUACAGCCUACCCUAAAGCUGAGCGGAAUACCAACGGGCGGAUCAUUCCGCCCGCGACACGGUAGAAAUCUCCUAAGCUCCAACAUCACGAGAAUCCUCGUCAAUGUGCCAACAGCCAUAGCCAAGAUGCUACCGCGAUUCACAGCCCCUCGAGGGCUCGCCUCGUCAAUCCGACAAUUCUCGACCUCCGCUUCAUCACUUGCUCCUCGCGAAGGCCCAGCGCCGACACGUCGGUCUACCACCGCUACCCUUUUGAACCUCAACAACUCCCAGAAACCCGACACACGUCGAGGCGACGCCGCCCAGCGCAUUGUGCAGAGCACGCGCGCCCGCCAGGAUGCCUCGUCCGCCAACAUCUACGCCCUCACAGAAGCCAACAAGCAACGUCGAACGGCAGAAGAGUACAUGAAGGACAUGCCGAGACACUGGGUGCCUGGUGAUGUGUACAGCCCGCACGAUCUGAGUGGCGCGGAGAUGGAGAAGACAAGGAAGAGGAACAGGCGUCGCGGCGAUGUGAUUGACGCCCUGGGCAUCAGACCGCAGGAUCACUACAAGAACUUCUCCAUGAUCAACGAAUUUGUGAAUUCCACAAACCAGAUUAUGCACGGGCGCGUGAACGGCUUGAGGGCUGUGAACCAGCGCCGCGUGGCCAAGAUGGUCAGGCGAGCGAUUGGCAUGGGUCUGUACCCGAGUACGCACCAGCACCCCGAGAUGUUCAACAGGAAGUGGUUCCCGGAUCAGAGGCAGGCGCCGGGACGUUGGGGAAAUUAGGAGUGCAUGCUCGCACCCUGAUGCAAAUGUACAACAGUUGGGUUUACUAUGUACUUCUAUAAACACACAUACUUGUACACCAUUUGUACAAUCAGGCA